AUGGACUGCCAGCUCCUGCCUGUGCUGCUGCUGCUCUGGGCCUUGGGUCCACAGGGACAGAGACAGGAGCCUGAGAGUCCUUCAGAGGAGCUCCUGGAGGAGUCCCCUGAGGAGGAAGUCCCCCAAGAGGAUGGGAUCUUGGUGCUGAACAGCCGCACCCUGGGCCUGGCCCUGCGGGAACACCCCGCCCUGCUGGUGGAGUUCUACGCCCCAUGGUGUGGGCACUGCCAGGCACUGGCCCCCGAGUACAGCCAGGCGGCUGCCCUGCUCGCGGCAGAGUCCGCCAGGGCCACGCUGGCCAAGGUGGAUGGGCCUGCGGAGCCAGAGCUGACCGAGGAGUUCAGAAUCACCAGCUACCCCACGCUCAAGUUCUUCCGCGACGGGGACCGUGCACACCCAGAGGAGUACACAGGCCCCCGCGAGGCCGAGGGCAUCACCGAGUGGCUGAGGCGGCGGGUGGGGUCCAGCGCCAUGCGGCUAGAGGACGAGGCGGCUGCCCAAGCACUGCUAGAGACCCGGGACGUCGUGGUCAUUGGCUUCUUCCAGGACCUACAGGACAAGGACGUGGCCACCUUCUUGAGGCUGGCCCAGGAUGCCCUGGACAUGACCUUUGGCCUCACUGACCGGCCACAGCUCUUUCAGAAGUUUGGCCUCACCAAGGACACCGUGGUCCUCUUCAAGAAGUUCGAUGAGGGACGUGCCGACUUCCCCGUGGAGGAGGAGCUGGGCCUGGACCUGGGCGAUGUGUCUCGCUUCCUCGUCACGCACAGCAUGCACCUGGUCACAGAGUUCAACGAACAGACAUCUCCUAAGAUCUUUGCAGCGAAGAUUCUCAACCACCUGCUGCUGUUCAUCAACCAGACACUGGCUCCACACAGGGAACUCCUGGAGGGCUUCAGGGAAGCAGCUCCCCCAUUCCGGGGGCAGGUGCUGUUUGUGGUGGUGGACGUGGCAGCCAGCAAUGACCACGUGCUGCAGUACUUUGGCCUCAAGGCCCAGGAGGCCCCCACCCUGCGCCUGAUCAAUGUUGAGACCACCAAGAAGUAUGCGCCUGAGGACAGGGGGCUCAUCACCGCAGCUUCUGUUGCCGCCUUCUGCCACGCAGUCCUCAGCAAUGAAGUCAAGCCCUAUCUCCUGAGCCAAGAGGUUCCCCCUGACUGGGAUGAGCAGCCAGUCAAGACGCUCGUGGGCAAGAAUUUUGAGCAGGUGGCUUUCGAUGAAACCAAGAACGUGUUUAUUAAGUUCUAUGCCCCCUGGUGCGCCCACUGCAAGGAGAUGGCUCCAGCCUGGGAGGCACUGGCGGAGAAGUACAGGGACCAUGAGGAUGUCGUCAUUGCAGAGCUGGACGCCACAGCUAACGAGCUGGAAGCCUUCCCCAUAAACAGCUAUCCUACCCUCAAGUACUUCCCAGCAGGGCCAGGUCGGAAGGUGAUUGAGUACAAAAGCGCCAGGGACCUGGAGACCUUCUCAAAGUUCUUGGACAAUGGGGGAGAGCUGCCCGCAGAAGAGCCCCUGGAGGAGCCCGUAGCCCCCUCCCCGGAGCCGCUGGCAAAUUCCACCAGGGGGCCCAGGGAGGAGCUGUAG